AUGGCUGGGCGAGCUCAAAUCCCCCAAAAAAGCUCAGCACUUAUUGCUAUGAUUGCCAAUGAGGACACUGUAAAUGGAUUUUUGCUGGCUAGUGUAGGUAAUGUCGACUUGCGGAGAAAGACAAACUACCUUUUUGUUGAUUCAAAAACAACAGCCAAAGCAAUUGAAGAUGCAUUCAAAGAGUUCACCACAAAAGAGGACAUUAUUAUUGUUCUCAUCAGCCAAUAUGUCUCAAACAUGAUAAGGUUCCUGGUUGAUAGUUACAAUAAGCCAGUACCAGCAAUUUUGGAGAUCCCUUCCAAGGAUCAUCCUUAUGACCCUGCUCAUGAUUCAGUUCUUUCGCGUGUGAAGUAUCUCUUCUCUGCUGAAUCUGUGGCAUCCGAACGGCGUUGA